AGCCUCGUGCUUUCGAGAGGAUCGACCAACCGUUGUGGAAUCGUAAAAUGGUCCCGUGCAUGGAUUGGCUGAGGAAACGUAGGAAAGGCGGCGACCAAUGUCCUCUAUCUUCGAAAAGAAUCUAACCGCCAGUGAAAUCGCUCUGACGAAGCAUGGAUCCUGGUGGCCAAUCGACGAUUUCGCCUUGGAGGUAUCGAAGGUCCGCCAUGUUGCCCCGGAGCUUUCCUAAUUUAGAGUUUAAUUAGCACCCAAGGAACAGGAGAACCGUGCACAGGCAUCGAUUGGACGGUUACCAUCGUGGCAACAGAGAGGAAAAAGACGUCGAACAGAGACGAUGAUAUGUCAGCAGUCAGUGUUCGGCUCGUCUUCGCCGACUAGUGUGAAAUAUCGCGCCCAAGUGUUACGAGCACGGCCACGCGGUCGCGGGACCGAAUAGUCUCGCCGAGAAAUAGAUUUUCCAUCCUUGUUCACAUCCUUCUUCCAACGCUUUGUCUCUUCUUCCGCCCUCGACUUCUAUUCUUCUUCUUCUUUCAUCCUUGACGAUCGUUAAUUCGGAAAAUCGAACUGGAUUAUAUAGUUUCAAGGAAAGAACAGUUUCGCUUGUAUUCUAUUACCACUGAUCUUCCGUUUUCGUCUUUCAUCUUGUGUCUUCGUCAAAUCUGGCAAUAGUGACUUGAUUGCUUUAGAAAAUAGUGUUUGAUAAUAAUAAGCGUUUAAGCUUAUGUAUGUAUAUAUAUAUCGGAUCGAAAAAUAACUGAGAUUGUACGUUUUUUCUGUUGAAAACUGAAUUGUGAAGUAGAAAAGGAAAAAGCUCGAGAGAAGUGUUUUUAGUGAACCUCUCCCGAGUCGCAACUCGGGUCACAGAGGUCGAGGAACGAGCGUCAAAGAAACGGGAAGAUGCAGCCAGCACCGGCUACACCUGGUUCUCCAACACGGUCAUCCUGUUGUGAACGAGAUCGCGAGAGGGAAGUGCAUGAAGAUCGUGGAAGGGAACGGAACAGCGCUGGAAGACAAAGUCGGACAACUGCUGAGGAGGACCACGAAGAGAGAAGCAACGAGAGGACGGUGAUUUCGGGGCAGAACCUUGGUACCAUGACUGUCAGCGGAAAUCAGGGAUUGCCUCUUUCUUUGUCUCUCGAGGACAGAGAUUUGUGGACCAAGUUCCAGUGUUUGACCAAUGAAAUGAUUGUUACGAAAAAUGGAAGACGCAUGUUUCCUGUAGUCAAAGUGGUUGCAAGAGGGUUGGAACCGAAAGCUAUGUACACUCUUCUUCUUGAAUUCGUUCAAGUGGAUCCACACAGAUGGAAAUACGUUAAUGGAGAAUGGGUCCCAGGCGGAAAAGCGGAAGUCGCCCCACCAAAUCCGAUUUACAUCCAUCCUGAGAGUCCAAAUUUUGGAUCUCAUUGGAUGAAAGAAGCGGUAUCAUUCGCUAAAGUGAAGCUGACAAAUAAAUCCAAUGGAAACGGUCAAAUUAUGCUAAACUCCCUACACAAAUAUGAACCUCGAGUUCAUCUAGUUCGUGUAGACGCGGUGGAAGAAAGAACGGUGUUGACUUACCGUUAUCCUGAGACGCAAUUUAUAGCGGUGACAGCUUACCAGAACGAAGAAGUCACAAAUUUGAAGAUUAAAUACAAUCCUUUCGCGAAAGCGUUCCUCGAUGCUAAAGAAAGACCUGCCGAUCCGCAGACCUAUCCGCAAUACACCGGCGCUUGGUUUUUGCCACAACCUACUAUGGGAUACGAAUAUAACACAGCCACGGCCAUUGCGGCCGCACAAAAUCAAGCGUCAGUGACGGUCAAUAACCAUCUCCCUAAUUCUUGUACCGUUUCUACAGCUGCCCAUAGGAAUACCUGCAGAUCGGCGCCUUACACUCUCAGACAUAAAUACAUUCAAGAUGAACAACGCACAGAUCCAUACGGCUCAGUACAACUGUUGCAUUCCACAGCGUACGUAGCAGCACCAGGUUGGUCACCACGCAGUCCAGAAUCCCUGCAGAACCUAAAUCCAGCUUGCCUACCGCCCACGCAGGAAUGGCCCACGUCUCCUUCACCAUCACCAACCUCAUCCUCUCACGCGGUAUUCAGUAGAGGCGUUGUUGGAACUGCGUCUCCAACCACCGCUACAGGAUGUACUCUAUAUGUACCAUCAAACUUAUCUUCUGUCCCUCAAGAGCAUAGUCAUUGCACCGAUACUUCAGCUUGGAUUCAUCCUACAACUUUGUCAGAGCAACAACAGCAGCAACAACAAUCUUACUUGAACUUGAACUUACAUUUACAUCACCAGAUGUCAUCUUAUACGUCAGUUCCUCAUACAGGGUUACAUCAUUCUCUACACCCAAAUGGAACAGAUACUGUUCCUUCUGUCGACGAGUAUGUUCACGAAUAUCAUGCCUCUCCAGUUCAAUCUACGACACCUGACCGUCACUCACAGCAUCACCAUUCUCAAAUGUUACACAUGCAACCAAUUCAACAAACUGGAACAGUGUCACCUGUUAGUGUCGAAUAUGAUACUCCUUCUAAGGAACAUCAUAUAUCUGUUAGUUAUUCUGAACAAAACACGGAUACGUUGAGUGAUGUACAGGCAGAUGAAAACAGGAGAUACUUGACAACGGUGAUUGAUAGACAUCACCGGCAAGAUUCGGAUAUUGCGAAUAACGAACAUCAAGCUGCAGCUUGGACUCCACUGACACCACCGCCUGCACCACAAACUACAGCAAUUUGAUUUCUGUAUGUGAUACAAAUAAUUUUAUUUAAGAUAUGGAGUUGCUACUUGAUAAUUUCUAUACUUGUUUUAAUAGUUAGGUGACUAAGUAUGAACAAGUUGUAUUAAAUCACAGUAUCAUGUUGUAUGCAAUACAAAUGAGAUAUAUAUGAUUGAAAUUAUUGAUAGUUAUAUAGAAAUUAGAUACAAAGAGAAGCAUCGAAAUAAAUAUUGCGAACACACAAAUAAAAAUAUCGGAAUGACGAGACUAAUUAAUCUGAUAGGUUGUUAAAUUAGUUACUUAUGUACUUUAUAAUUAUCUAAUCAAAUUUAAUGUCAAUUUCUGAAAAAUGAAUCCGUCCUAAAAUCGUGUCUUGAUGUUUUUAGAUAAUAUGUAUUAAAGAUAACAUAAUCGUUAUAAUAAAAUACAGUAAACGUA